AUGCGCUCUUGGUUUGGCCUAAUAAACCAGGUCUCCUAUGCAUUUGCUGCCGCAGACCGAAUGCUACCCUUUCGCGAAUCACUCAAACCUGGCUCACAAUUCACAUGGACAGAAGAGCUAAAUCAACUCUUCGAAGAAUCGAAGAAGGUGAUCGUUAACGAAAUCGAACACGGUGUACAGAUCUUCGAUAAGUCCAAGCCCACCUGUCUCGCUACUGAUUGGUCGAAAGAUGGGAUAGGCUUUUGGCUAUUUCAGAAACACUGCGACUGCCCUGCUGAGAGGCCUUUCUGCUGUAAAACUGGCUGGAAAGUUACCCUGGUCGGAAGCCGUUUUACCCACACCGCCGAAUCCAGAUAUGCUCCCAUUGAAGGCGAGGCCCUUGCAGUGGUAGACGCACUCGACAAAGCCCGCUUCUUUGUACUGGGCUGUGACAACCUUAUCAUAGCUGUUGACCACAAACCCCUCCUUAAAGUCUUUGGUGAUCGAUGUCUUGAAGACAUUUCCAACAUCCGCCUUCGCAAUCUCAAAGAAAAGACGCUUCGAUACCGCUUCCGCAUGGUCCAUAUCCCAGGCAUCAAACACAAAGCUGCCGACGCACUCUCACGCCAUCCAUCUGGCACCACCAACCCCGAAGCCAUGCCCAUCCCCGAUGACGUGGCCGACAUCAAUGCCAAUUCCCCCCCACCCAUGUUGAGCAACCCCGUCCUAGCUGGCAUCCGCACCCUUGAACCCGACACAUACUCAAUCACUGCCACCAUUGAAAAGCAACUGCUGUCAUCUGCCAUCAAAUCAACCCACUCCAUGGCCGUAACAUGGGACCGCGUCAAAACAGCAACAGCGAGCGACACAACAAUGGAGAAGCUCCUUUCAACCAUUACAGCAGGCUUCCCCGAGUUUCGCCACGAACUCCCCCCUGAUUUACAGGAAUUUUUCCAAUUUCGUGAACACCUCUAUGCCAUCGAUGGGGUUAUCCUAUACAAAGCUCGCAUUGUCAUACCCUCAUCCCUAAGAAGUCACAUCCUAUCCAUCCUCCAUUCGGCUCACCAAGGCAUCACCUCAAUUACUUCCAUUACCAAGGAGUCAAUUACCUCGUGGUCAUAGAUCGGUACUCCAACUGGCCCAUAAUAGAGCGUUGCAAAGACGGUGCAACUGGAUUAAUCCACUGCUUACGACGUAUCUUUGUCACAUUUGGAAUUCCAGAUAAGCUAGCAACCGACGGCGGACCUGAAUUUACUGCCACAUCAACACAAGAUUUCCUCACAUCCUGGGGAGUCCAUCAUCGCCUGUCAUCCGUCGCCUACCCUCACUCAAACUGCCGCGCCGAGGUUGGUGUCAAAACAGUUAAGCGCUUAAUAACCAACAACACUGGCCCUAACGGUACCCUUGACACCGACACCUUACAAAUUGCUAUCCUCCAGUACCGAAAUACACCCGAUCCCACCACAAAACUGUCACCAGCAGAAUGCAUCUUCGGAAGACCUAUCAAAGAUUUCAUCCCUAUUGCCCCUGGGCGUUACCAACCCCACCCUACCUGGAAAGAUACCCUUAUGACCCGCGAACAAGCACUUCGCAACCGUCAUAUGCGAACCACUGAAUGGCUGUCCGAGCACACACGCCGACUCACACCACUGAAAGUUGGGGACCAAGUCCGAAUACAGAACCAAAUUGGCCCCCACCCAAAAAAAUGGGAUAAAACAGGCUUAGUGAUUGAAGUCCGUCAAUUCGACCAGUAUGCAAUCCGUGUGGACGGGUCAGGCCGUGUGACACUCCGCAAUCGUAAAUUCCUACGCAAAUUCAUUCCAGUUCAACAGCGACAACCCCGACAUACUAUCACUGAGGAUUUACGGUAUCUACCAACCCCACAGACCAAAGCUUCUCAACCAACAUUGCACACCCCACCAACAGAGCCACCAAACAUCCCUAGCCCUACACCUCCCACACCCCAGUCCACAUCAAUGCCAUCUACACCAAACCACAUCACACUGGAGCAAACCCCUAGAAAACCUGAAAACCCUAGCACACCCAAGAAGCUACCUCUAGCUUUACGACGUUUACAGGAUUACAACAAAAAAGGACUCCAGGAAGAGUGA